CGUAACUUUUGCAAGUCAUUGUACAUUAAAAGCGCCUUAAUAAAAACAUUAAGUUAUAUGUCUAUGCUAAGAGAACUACGAUUUACGAAAAGAAAACAUGAAUCGUUUUGAUAUUAGUUUGUUAUGGAAAUUAUGGUUAAUCAGUAUAAUAACAGUGAAUUGUAAUGCUGCUGUACCAAAAGAACCAUAUCAGAAUCAAAUACCUACACAAGGAUUGUAUAAUACUAGUGAUGAUGUCGUUAUUUUAAAUGUCACUAAUUUUAAAUCAUCCGUCUAUGAAGAUACAAAAAGUUGGUUAGUCGAAUUUUAUAAUAGUUGGUGUGGUUAUUGUCUUCGAUUUGCACCAAUCUGGAAAGAUUUUGCUAAUGAUAUUUAUGCAUGGAGAGAUAUUGUAGUAGUUGCUGCAAUAGAUUGUGCAGAUGAUGAUAAUAAUCCAAUUUGUCGAGAAUAUGAGAUUAUGCAUUAUCCCAUGCUUAAAUAUUUUUCCGUAAAUGCACAUUCACCAUCAUUAGGAUUAGUAAUGGAGAAAUAUAAUAAGCUUAAUGAACUCAGACAUAGUUUAAUAGAUUUAUUAGAAAGAGAACAACAAGAAGGAAGAGGCAUUUCAUGGCCUAAUAUAGCACCCUAUAGAAGUUAUGAAACAACAAAUAUAUGGAAAGCUAUUCCAAACACAGUAAAAUAUUUCUUUUUAUUAUUUGAAAAAACAGAUUCGCAUUUGGGUGCAGAAGUUAUAUUAGAUAUACAUAAAAUUAAAAUAUUACAAAUGAGAAGAGUAUUAUCUGAUAAUGAAUUAUUAUGUGAAACAAAUAAAAUCACAAAUUUUCCAAGUCUAAUAGUUUUAGGUCGUAAUGAAACACAAAAAAAUCUUAAAAUUAGAAUACCUACAAGGCAAGGUAUUUAUAAUGUUAUUAAAGAAUUUAUAACUUCUAAAGGAGAAAUUAUUCAUGAAAAUACUUUCAAAAAUCAUUCAAUAAAAAAUGAAAAUCAUAAAUUAAGUAUUAGCACAACAAAACAAUUACAAGUAAUAGAACAGCAACAAAAAAAUACUGAAAAAAAUGAAGACCAUUUAUAUCAGCUUGAUUUGGAAAAUACAUUAAAAUAUUCAAUUUCUCAUGAAAUUCCAUUACAUAAAAUGAUAAAAGAUAAAAAAAUGGAUGCAUUAAAAAAAUAUUUAAAUGUAUUAGCUGAAUAUUUUCCUCUAAAAUAUGGUAACAUUUUUCUAGAAACUAUUAGAGAUAUUAUUCUAAAAAGAAGUAAUAUAUCUGGAGAAGAAUUUAGUCAAAUAGUAAAAUCUAUAGAAGAAGAAAUGUCACCCAUAUAUUCUGGACCAUCAAAAUGGAUUGGAUGUAAAGGAAGUAAAGAAGAAUAUCGUGGAUAUCCUUGUGGUCUUUGGACAAUGUUUCAUAUGUUAACAGUUAACUUUGCUAUUCUAAAUAAAAAUGCUGAACAUGAGCCAAGAAAAAUAUUAGAAGCAAUGUAUGGAUACAUACAAUAUUUUUUUGGUUGUGCUGAUUGUUCUCAACAUUUUGUUCAAAUGGCUUCAAAAAAUAAAAUGUUUGAAGUAUCAAAUAUUAAUGAUAGUAUCUUGUGGUUAUGGUCUGCUCAUAAUGAAGUAAAUGCAAGGCUAUCAGGUGAUAACACAGAAGAUCCAGAAUAUAAAAAAAUUCAAUAUCCAGCAAAAAUAUAUUGUCCAAAUUGUAGAUAUGAAAAUAAUACUUGGAAUGAAGAAAAUAUUUUACAUUAUCUUAAAACAAAGUAUAGUUAUAAAAAAAUAAAUUAUUAUAAUUCAGUUAACACACAAAAGAAUAAUGAUAAUAAGAUGAAAAUAAGACAUGAAAGACUUGUAUUAAAUAAAUAUACAAAUAAUAAGAAAAUUGGAUGGGAUUUUACAAUUUUUGACAUAAGUAUUUGUGUUGUGUUAUAUGUUGCAUCUGCUAUUAUUCUCAUAUUAGUAUGCAUAAAAUUUGCAGUCAAAAGAACUUAUAGAAAACGAAAUUAUGUUAGUUUACUUGCGAAAUGUGAUUUUUAUUUUUGUUAAUCAAAAUAUUUAAAA